UUUUUUUGUUAGGUUGAUGCUAAAUGUAGCUACAGUCCUCUUCGCUCAGUGACAGCCCAGUUUUCAUCGUGUUUAUUUUAAUUUUACAGUCACUGUUGGGUCCUGCUCUCUCCUCCUCAUGAUGCCCGUUAUCCCUCUCCUGUCCGCUGUCUCUCUGGCGCUGCUGUCUCUCUGUCCAACUGCCCUGUGCGCGCGCAGGGACGUGCUCGAGCUCGGCGACGCGGACUUCGACUACCUGGCAACGGAGCACGAGACCAUGCUGGUGAAGUUCUACGCUCCAUGGUGUGGCCACUGUAAGAAACUGGCGCCAGAGUUUGAAAAAGCAGCCGGUCGGCUCAAAGGAACUGUUCAGUUGGCAAAGGUGGACUGCACUGCUAACGCGGAGACCUGUGGUCGUUUUGGUGUUACCGGGUAUCCCACUCUGAAGAUCUUCAGGUCUGGCAGGGAUUCUGCACCCUAUGAUGGGCCUCGCACUGCCAAUGGGAUCUACAACUACAUGAAGAAGCAGAGUGGUCCAGACUCGGUCCAUCUGAAGAGUAAAGAGGACCUCCAGGACUUUGUCAACAACUACGAUGCCAGCAUUGUCGGGGUUUUCUCCGGUGCUGACGCCCCGCGUCUGGCGGAGUUUCUCAACGCCGCCGGUCUGUUGAGAGAACAGUUCAGAUUUGCUCACAUCACGGCUCCGCAGAUCGCUGAGGAGCACACUCAGACAGAAAGCGUGUUACUUUUCCGACCUCCAAGACUGUCCAACGCGUUUGAGGACAGCGUUGUGGUCUUCAAAGAUUACCUGACCAUCAGCUCCCUGAGGCGCUUCAUCAGAGAUCACAUCUACGGCCUGUGUCCUCACAUGACUGUGGAGAACAGAGACCGUCUCAGGGUGCGUGACUUGCUGACAGCAUACUACGACCUAGACUAUCAUCACAACGUCCGAGGGUCCAACUACUGGAGGAACAGGGUGAUGAAGGUAGCAUCCAAAUACGCUGGACGUGGCCUACUGUUCUCAGUAGCCAAUAAGAGGGACUUCCAGGCUGAGCUGGAGGACGACUACGGCCUGGGAACGUCAGACGGAGGCGAGCUGCCAUUCGUGACGAUCCGGACCAAACUGGGCCACAAGUACACCAUGAGGGAGGAGUUCACGAGGGACGGUCAGUCACUGGAGAGGUUUCUGGAGGAUUACUUCGCUGGCCGUCUCAAACGUUACAUCCGAUCAGAACCAGUACCUGAGAAGAACGCCACUCCUGUGAAGGUGGUCGUUGCCGAGUCGUUUGAUGAAAUCGUCAAUGAUCCACGUAAGGAUGUUCUGAUUCAGUUUUACUCUCCGUCGUGUCCGCACUGCAAGAAGCUGGAUCCGGUUUACAGAGAGCUGGCCCAAACGCUGUAUUCUGACCCAAACAUCGUCAUCGCCAAGAUGAACGCCGUCAAUAACGACGUCCCCCUGGGAUACGAUGUCCAAGGCUUUCCAACUAUUUAUUUUGCUCCAGUGGGUAAAAAAGAGGAUCCUGUUCGGUACCAGGGAACUCGAGAGCUGAAAGACUUCUUACAGUUCUUGAAACGUGAGGCGAGUCACAACCUGGUGCUCCCUGGGUUUAAGGAGGAACUGUGACACUUGUUCACCCACCGGUCUCAGGCGAGAGAGAAUAAAACACUGUCAGUGACAGACCCAUAAAGGGACAAGGCCAGUUCUGCUCUUUUUAAUGGACCUGGUGCAGAAUUGGUCUGAAAAAUAUUCUCUAAAACAGACUGAGUCCACCCUGAUUUCUUUCUUUAUGCCCAAAAUACUCACCUAACUUGUCAUAUUGCCUCGCUAAAUUAUUUAUUUAUUUAUUUAUUUAUUAAGCCAUCUCAUAUGCUGGGUUUAUUUAUUUUGUAUUUUAAGCAAAGUUGUCAUGGAUAAGUUGUAUUUAUUGAUCACGUGUCAUUUGUAUAUGGUGCAAUGUUGUAUUUAUUUAUUUUACAUGAGACUAACCUUUGUUACUAACUGAGCUGUGACUGUACUGAUUAAGAUAUCUGGUCUGAGCCUUUUUAACAGUGAAGCUCUGCUGGGACUGUUUAAUAAACUAUUAACUCACAUCUGA